GGGAAUUUACAUAGACGUAACACAAUCAUGACAAGUGACACGAAUGGGACACAAUGAGGAUCAUUUAACAGUUUUCUGGCUCCUCGGACGCCUUCAAGGGCCUCGUACUCUCGGUAUUACUGCAAUUGUUUGUCAAUAAUUGAGGAGAAUUGUCCAGAAGUCCUGGGGAAUCAAAGUUGAGGUGUUUUUGUGAAGUGACUCGUCGGUGACAGGAUAUUCCCCCUCGCCCGGUUUAUCGUAUUUUUUUUCUCGUCUCUCGGAUACACACAGCCUCCCCACAAAAAGGUGUACACAAGUGGAGGAACACCAAAGUGAUUCGCUGAUUCUCAGAAGGGAUUGAAGAAAUUCCGUACGAGGAAUUAUGAGGAAAUUUAAGGUUGAAUCAAGAAUAUUAAGGUGAAGAAUGUAUUUAGACGAUUGAAACAAUGCAGUGCUCUGAGAAAUUUCAGGUGAAAGUAGAUGUGUAAAAAAGGAUCAGUUUUGUGCUAUUGGAUCGCCAAAAGUGGCAAGACUCUGGAUAUUCAGGUUUUCAGGGGAGAAUUGACAUUUUUUUAUUUUCAUUAAUUUUGUUUCGGGAACGAGGGAGAGAUGGGCGUGCAUCGAUAAUGUCCCUGAAGCAUCUCAAAAUCAUUAAAAUGCAAGAGCCAGUGGCCUUCACGGAUUUCUAGUCCUCGAUUGGAUUGGAUAUGUCAGUCACAUAAAAGUUGCACUGAUUUCAAAACAUUAGAUCUCCUCAUCAUAACAAUAAGACAACAAUGGCGGAGGAAGAAGGUACAGAGUGGCUUUUGGAGCUUCUCCACGACGUCCAGCUCUCGCAGUUCUUCACGAGAAUUCGCGAUGAUCUCCAGGUAACACGUCUCCACCAUUUUGACUACGUUCAGCCAGAAGACCUCGAGAAAAUUGGCCUGGGGAAGCCAGGAAUACGAAGGCUCAUGGACGCGAUGAAGAAAAAAAGAGCUUCCCAAAAAAAGAAAAACCUCAUCACGAAAAUCCGUCCAGGGGGGAGUGCCAAGAGUACCAAACGCUCGUCUCAACCUCUGGAAGCCCCUGUGUCAAUCCUAACCUGUUUAAUCCAAGACAAAGACGUGACGUUAUCAAUUAAACUGGGAGAUGGUAGUUUUGGAGUUGUCAGAAGAGGGGAAUGGAGCUCUCCAACCGGUAGAAUCCUUUCAGUAGCUGUCAAAGUCCUGAAGGCAGACGCCCUCACCCAACCCUCGGUGAUAGAAGAUUUUGUCUCUGAAGUGCAGGCAAUGCAUACACUGGAUCAUCACAAUUUGAUUCGUCUUUACGGAGUCGUUCUCUCAUCUCCCAUGAUGAUGGUAACAGAACUGGCACCUCUUGGGGCUCUCCUGGACUAUCUACGAAAGCAAUGUGGUCACAUUUCAGUCUUAACACUCUGUGAUUACUCCCUGCAAGUCGCCACGGGAAUGGCUUAUCUGGAAUCGAAGAGAUUUCUCCACAGAGAUCUUGCCUGCAGAAAUGUUCUUUUGUCAUCGGUCGAUAAAAUAAAAAUUGGAGACUUUGGACUGAUGAGGGCACUCCCCCAGCAGGAAGAUUGCUACGUAAUGACUGAGCACAAGAAGGUACCUUUUCCCUGGUGUGCUCCAGAGUCUUUGAAAUCCAGACAAUUUUCACAUGCAUCUGACGUUUGGAUGUUCGGUGUGACCCUCUGGGAGAUGUUAACCUUUGGGGAGGAGCCCUGGGUAGGUCUAAAUGGCUCAGAAAUCCUCAGGAAAAUCGACAGAGAGGGGGAGAGACUUUAUGAGCCGGAGGCUAGUCCCCCAGCAAUGUUCCAGAUGAUGCUCAAGUGUUGGGAGAAAAAUCCAGCUGACAGGCCUACAUUUGCAGCUUUGAAAGAGUCCCUGACGUCUAUGGUACCCAGUGUCAUGAAGGCAUUGAAUAAAUUCGAAGAGCCUGACAAGAUGACGAUUGAGAAUGGAGAUCAGAUAGUGAUAAUUGAUGGAAGACCUGAGAAUUACUGGUGGAAGGGGCAGAAUCAGAGGACUUUUCAGGUUGGACAUUUCCCCAGGUGUCUUGUGGAUCCAAUGAGGCGAAAGCAACCCGAGGAUAUCAGUAAACCUUUGGAAAAUUCGUUUAUUCACACUGGACAUGGCGCACCCUUUGGAAAGAGCUGGGGCAGUCCUCAGUUCAUUGACGACGUUUACUUGAGGAAUCCAAUGGAACCACCGGAUGUUGUGGGCGUCACUCCAGCUGACAAGAGAAAAUUCCCCGGGCAGAAGUCGAAGAAUCAGUUUAACUAUCGAAAAUUCCAGAACGACUUGAGAUCUAGUCCAAUUAAAACGAGCAAUGUACAAAAUCACGAAGGAAGUUUGAUAGAUUUAUCACCCGAGGAGAUAGCCAAUGCUGCAAAGCCCGAUGCCACCUGCAAGAGAGUUGUCAAUAUUCUGGACGAGCCCAUCGAUACGUCGGGGGGAAGAUCUGGGGAAUUUUGGUCUGAGGACGAGGCCAGGACUUAUGCGAAUUUUCCGGGAAAUCAGGUACAAAACGAUCCUUUCGAUACAUCCAGAGUCUUCGUGGGAGUUCCCACGUCGCGAUAUUACUCUCACGUACCCCAGGAUCAUGUGAAUCAUUACCUGAAGACCCAGCAAUCCUAUAUGAACGUCGAGACAACUGAGGUGGCUUCAAACGUGCAAGGAAAUUCAGAUGGAAAUAGUACAAAUUUGGAGGUCAAUCAAUACUCGUUGAAUCUCAACAAAGACAUGAGAUCGGAGAAUACGAAUUUGAAUGUCAGUGGAAGAGUUGAGGGAAAUGGAUAUUCAAUUCAACACUAUAGUGAGGUUGAUAAAGUAUCUCCAGGUGUCGUGAGUCAGGUAAGUUGGCCUGAGGAUUUGUCCGAGGAGCCCCAGACUUACACCAGUGUAACUGCCAGACCGAAUUUUCCUGUUGUUCCACCUCCACCACCAGCUCUCGGUCCCAAUGAGAGCCCACCGAAGCCUAAAUCCAACGUGGAUAUUGCUCAAAAUAUGGGAGAGCUCACGAUAGACGUUAAACCUCAUAGUUCUCCCAAAAAAUUGGAUCCUGCUUUUCUGGUUGAGUUGGAGAAGAGCCUCGGGGCAAAAGACGUUUGUAAAAAUACUAAUGAAGCACCUGGAGGAUACUCAACAGUCAAUAAGGCCCAGGAUGGAGCUACUGGGGGAAUUCCCAUGCUCAGACCUCCCCCUCAGAGCUCUAAAUCAAGAUCUCCAAAUGGUGAAUUGAGGGGUACAAGUCUCCCUUCCAAAGUUCAAAACUCAUGGCAGAGUAAGAACACGAAUGUUCAACGACCCCAGAGUCAAUUGAUCCAGUCGAGUCCGCAGAAUCAAAUGCUGGAGACCAGUACGGAGAUGAUAAUCGGCCAAAUGUGGCAGCAAGUUCACUCGCCCUCGUCUCACACAGCCCAGACUGAUAAGAAAGUUCAGUCUAUUUAUGCUCCUUCUUCCGAAAUUCAGCAUGACAUGAGGAAUCAUCAGAAUCUCCCGCCAAUCGCUCCACUUAAGGUCCCCCAACAUGAUCAGGGACAUCUUCUGCUCCAAAUAGCUCCGAAUGUGACAAACAAUUCAGGAAAUUCAGUGAAUUACAAUUAUUUACCGGCUCAGCAAUCAAAUUAUAAUUUUCCUCCGGCUAUUCAGCCUCCAAAUUCAGUCCCUGGAGUUAAUCACGUACAGAAUGACCUUCAGCCCACCAGAGCCGCCCCUCCAAGGCCAAAUGUACCAGCUCCAGGGACUCUAUCAGAAAAAGUCUAUGCAGAACUCCGAGAAAAUGUGCCAAAUCUCGAUCAGUUGAGUCAGAGUGAGUUCAAUACUCUUUAUAAUAAGACAGUUCAACAGAAUAUUCUCAGGAACAGUCAGGGAUUAUCCAAUGGUAGACAGGCUCAGACACUUCCCAGGAAUUAUCCUCAGGAGCAUCCCUUUGACUUCAGUCCCAGCUUGAAACAGCCACCAGUCUACAAUCCUCCGCCUACGUGGAGUCCAAUGAAGAGUGGACAGAAUGGUUACUCACAAAAUCCAAAUCUCCAGAGGAGUAUCAGCUCACCGGGACAGACUGGAAGUCCCAAUUUGAUGCAUUUCACACCGACGAGACCAGCACCUGGCCCAUCUGGGGGGCAUUCGGCUGGGGCUGGCAGGUGUUUACUGCCUCAGAUGAAUGAGACGGUUGUUAAUACUCAAUUAGGUACUUGUGCUGCUGCUUAUCCGGGGGGAAUAAGCCCUCCGCUUACCGGAGCUUCGCAGCAGUUGGUCAUGUCUUUGAAUGAUGAGUUCAGGGCUAGUAAAAUAAUGAAAGUACAGAAGGAUGCGGUGGAUGCAUCGCAGCAGGAAAUUCUAGCUGCGCUGCAGGCCACUGGGUGGGACACCAGCCAGGCUGCCAGGCAGAUCAUCAAGGACAGACAGGCGAAAAUUGAUAAUCUCACAAGAUUGGGACUGGCUAAUAGACACCAGUGCGAAGGAGCCCUCAAACAAACCGAGUACGACGUUGAGCUAGCUGCUUCCCUUCUGCUUGACAGGGUCAGAUAAAAACCAAUAACAAGAUAUUGACAAUUAAGAUUCGAUGAGUAUCGUAGAUCAAUUAAGGACUUACUACGAAUAAUCAAAGUGAUCAUGACGAUUGAAAAUUGUUAAUUUAAAUCAGAUACACUGUGAUAUGUGCUACUAAAGGCUCUAGAUUUUACGCGUCCAGGAUUAUUAGUUUUAGAAAAGGCAGUGGAACUUCCGGUUUGUGGUCAGUUGUUCAUAAGUUGUUUUCUGAGAGAUUAGAUUAUGAAAAAUCAUACAAAAAUGAUAGAAAACGAUUCUAAUAUUUUUAUGAACUGGGAUCGGUGAAUGCUUUGCGUAUCAGUAGAACAAAUGGUUCUGUUAUGGAUCCAAAACUCUUUUUGAUUUUUUUUUUUACAUAAAAACUCAGAUUUUCGUGAACAAAUAAAGUUGUUCUUAAUCUUUAGA